UGCCCUCUUGGAGCGUCCGUCAUGAGGAGAAGUGAAGUGCUGGCAGAGGAGUCCAUACUAUGUCUCCAGAAAGCCCUGAAUCACCUUCGGGAAAUAUGGGAAUUGAUUGGCAUUCCAGAGGACCAGCGGUUACAAAGAACUGAGGUUGUAAAGAAGCACAUCAAGGACCUCCUGGAUAUGAUGAUUGCUGAAGAGGAAAGCCUGAAGGAAAGACUUAUAAAAAGCAUAGCCGUCUGUCAAAAAGAACUGAACACUCUGUGCAGCGAGUUAAAUGUUGAGCCUUUUCAUGAAGAAGGAGAGACAACCAUCUUGCAACUAGAAAAGGAUUUGCGUACUCAGGUAGAACUGAGUAGAAAACAGAAAAAGGAGAGAAAACAAGAACUGAAAAUUCUUCAAGAACAAGAUCAAGAACUGUGUGAAAUUCUUUGCAUGCCCUAUUAUGAAAUCGACAGCACCUCAGUUCCCAGCUUAGAAGAGCUGAACCAGUUUAGACAACAUGUGGCAACUUUGAGGGAAACAAAGGCAUCUAGGCGUGAGGAGUUUGUUAACAUAAAGAGACAAAUCAUACUGUGUAUGGAGGAAUUAGAGCACACUCCGGACACAAGCUUUGAAAGAGACGUGGUGUGUGAAGAUGAAGAAGCCUUCUGUUUAUCUCUGGAAAAUAUUGCAACACUACAGAAGUUGCUCUGGCAGCUGGAAGUGCGAAAAGCACAAAAUGAAGCAGUGUGUGAGGGGCUGCGUGCUCAGAUACGAGAGCUCUGGGAUAGGUUGCAAAUACCUGCAGAAGAAAGAGAAGCUGUGGCCACGGUUAUGACUGGGUCGAAGGCCAAGGUCCGGAAAGCGCUGCAGUUAGAAGUGGAUCGGUUGGAAGAACUGAAAAUGCAAAACAUGAAGAAGGUGAUCGAGGCAAUCCGAGUGGAGGUGGCACAGCACUGGGACAAGUGUUUCUACAGCCAGGAGCAGAGGCGGGCGUUCGCCGCCUACUACUCCGAGGACUACACAGAAAAUCUGCUCCAGCUCCAUGAAGCCGAGAUUGUGCGGUUAAGAAACUACUAUGAGGUUCACAAAGAACUCUUUGAAGGUGUCCAGAAGCGGGAAGAAAGCUGGAGGCUUUUCUUAGAGUUUGAGAGAAAAGCUUCAGAUCCAAGUCGAUUUACAAAUCGUGGAGGAAAUCUUCUAAAAGAGGAAAAGCAGAGAGCCAAGCUCCAAAAAACACUCCCUAAGUUGGAAGAGGAGUUGAAAGCAAGAAUUGAAAUGUGGGAACAGGAGCAUUCAAAGGCAUUUGUGGUGAAUGGGCAGAAAUUCAUGGAGUACAGAGAACAGUGGGAGAUGCACUGGCUGGAGAAGAGGGCCAAGCAGGAACGACAACUAAAGAACAAGCAGACAGAGACAGAGAUGCUCUAUGGCAGUACUCCGCGAACACCCAACAAGCGGCGAGGACUGGCACCCAGCACUCCAGGCAAAGUGCGCAAGCUGAACACUACCACCAUGUCCAAUGCUACGGCCAACAGCAGCAUUCGGCCUGUCUUUUCGGGGACAGUCUACCGCUCCCCUGUGUCUCGACUUCCACCUUCUGGCAGCAAGCCAGUCAUCACUUCCACCUGUUCGGGGGAAAAAACGCCCUGUGCCGUCAAGCAUGGAGCCAACAAGGAGAACCUGGAACUCAAUGGCAGCAUCCUCAGCGGGAUGUUCACUUAAUGCUACAGCUUCAGUAGCUUUGCUCUCACCUAAAGGCCUGUCCCCACCACACAGGACAGCCUUCCUACUGAUGAAGAUGUCUGUGUGUCAGAAGUUGGGAUGGCCUGACUCACUGCCAAAGAGGUGACAGGGAGGCUGGGAGCACCUUUGUUCAACUGUGUACAGUUUUGUCAUGUGGGGUGAUGCUGUGGUCAGCGGGGGGUGGGGGGGGUGGGGGUGGUGUGUGUGUGUAUGAACACACGUGCUUGUCUGAACUCUACUCUCUGGGUCCAGCUCCCCCAUCCCGGCACCCUGGUGCCUGAGUCCGUCCACCCUCUGCACUUGGUAGCCAAGUAGGGAGGCUGUUUGGUUGGCUGGGCCAUUCCUGUUCCUGUCGUGGAGACCUGGAACUUUGCACAUGUCAGUACUGGGGAGUUGUUCCUGCCGUAAUGUCCACGAUGAGGCUCCUUCUUUACCUACCCUAUCGAUCACUACUGCGCUCCCCAAAGCACUAUUAUUUAUUCUCCCUCUGCCUGCACCCCUACUACUGUCAGCACAGUAAAUGGUUCUUGGAAGCUUACAGGUGUGGAUUCGGUCUGUUAGUCAUGUGUAUACAUGUACUGAUUUUAAAAUAUAUUAAAUUAAAAUGUAUACUUAUAUUUCAGAAACA